AUGGAGAGCUUUGACGACGUGACUCUGAUCGGCCCGGUACUAGAUAUACACGAUGAACACCUCCCCUCGAACAACCAUGAAUCAAAGUCAAGAAAACCUGACGUGGAAUCUGGCGGCACGGGCACCCCCACCUCCAGUCAGUCGGUGAAUGCAGGCCGCGGUCAAAUAGAGGGAACUGGCGCCGAGAUACCUGACGAACCAACGAUAUCAACGGAGUUUCCGCCUGAAGAAGAAGAUGAGGAGCCACAUGCUGCGACUUCCUUUGAGCGCGAGUCAUCGCCUACGUCUGCACAAAAACACCGAUCGGGAUUGUUUGGGGAAGAUGAGGGUAUCAACCGCUUGCACAAAUUUACCCUUUACGAGACUGCGACGAGAUUCUACAUGGUUGGAAUCAAUCUAUCCGAGACACGAUUUCGAAUCUUGAAAAUUGAUCGCACCACAGAGUCGGGCGAGUUGAGCAUCAUCGAGGAUGAGAUGAUUUACACAAAGCGGGAAAUGGUCCAGCUACUGGAUGCCAUCGACGAUGGAAAUAAGAGUUCCGGUGGCCUGGUACAGAAGUGCAGUGCCUGGGCCUUACUGGGGUUUAUUCGAUUCACCGGGGCAUACUAUAUGCUUUUAGUCACAAAGAGAAGCCAAGUGGCUGUGCUUGGUGGUCAUAAUGUCUACCAGAUCGAUGAGACAGAACUCGUCUCACUGACAACAGCGGAAUCAUCACGCCUAAAACCCGAGAAUCAACCAGAUGAAGAGAGAUACAAGGCAAUUUUGAAUAACCUAGACCUUACUCGAUCUUUCUACUUCAGCUACUCCUAUGAUAUCACGCGGUCACUGCAGCAUAAUGUCUGCCGCGAACGCAAAGCUCAUCAGGACGGAUUGCCUCGGUUUUUGGCUGAAGAUUAUAACACCAUGUUUGUUUGGAAUAAUCACCUCCUUGCUCCAGCAGUAGCGACCCUUAAAAACCCUUUCCAAUGGUGUCUUCCAAUCAUCCAUGGAUACGUCGACCAGUCUAAAAUGAGCGUAUUUGGCCGGCUGGUAUACAUUUCGAUUAUUGCUCGACGGUCUAGGCUCUUUGCUGGUGCACGUUUCUUGAAACGUGGUGCCAAUGAUUUGGGAUAUGUGGCAAAUGAUGUGGAGACUGAGCAGAUUGUUUCUGAACAAACAACAACAUCCUUCCACUCUGCAGGGCCAACACUUCAUGCGAACCCCAAUUAUACCUCAUACGUUCAGCAUCGAGGAAGUAUCCCCCUUUACUGGACCCAAGAAAAUACUGGCGUUUCGCCCAAGCCUGACAUCGAAUUAAAUCUCAUCGACCCCUUCUACUCUGCAGCGGCAUUGCAUUUCGAUAAUCUCUUCGAGAGAUAUGGAGCGCCGGUGUACAUCUUGAAUCUUGUCAAGGCUCGAGAACGGACACCAAGAGAGUCCAAACUUCUUAAGGAGUUCACGAAUGCAGUGGAAUAUCUGAACCAGUUUCUGCCCGCCGAUAAGAAGUUGAUAUACAAGGCGUGGGACAUGAGCCGUGCAUCGAAAAGCCGAGACCAAGAUGUUAUACAGACCUUGGAAGGAAUUGCUGGCGAUAUCAUCCCAACGACAGGUUUCUUUAAAAAUGGCGCAGAUGUCGAGUCAGGCCUACAGCUACAGAACGGGGUCGCGAGAACUAACUGCAUCGAUUGCUUGGACCGAACAAAUGCAGCACAAUUUGUUAUUGGGAAACGAGCUCUUGGACACCAACUUCAUGCCCUUGGCGUCAUCGAUGAAACAACUGUCGAGUAUGAUACCGAUGCUGUCAACCUGUUUACAAACAUGUGGCAUGAUCAUGGCGACACAAUUGCUAUCCAAUACGGAGGAUCCCAUUUGGUCAACACCAUGGCCACAUACCGAAAGAUAAACCAGUGGAGUAGUCACUCGCGCGACAUGGUGGAAAGCUUCAAGCGGUACUACAACAACUCUUUCCUCGAUGCUCAACGCCAAGAAGCGUACAACCUUUUCCUCGGGAACUAUAUUGUUUCGGAAGGUGGACCAAUGCUUUGGGAACUGACCACCGACUACUACCUGCACCAUGAAGACCCCAAGUUGUAUAUCCAGAAAAAGCGGCCAAAUUACAUUUCCUGGUACACACCCGAACACCUGGAAAAACGAGAGAUUCCUCCUCCCCCAGCUUGUCCAAAGGAGCCACUAUCACGAUUCGAUGAUUAUUGGCUGGAAUAUUAUCGACCGCUUGCUCUAUCCACGCUGUCCAAGAUUUACUCCUAUAAGAUGAACUCUACUCUCCGUUACCUGCCCCAUUUCCGCGGGGGUAAUGUCGCUCCAGAUCUCAGUCCAUUUGUGCCACGGAUUCCUCAAGAUCAAGCGCAACGAGAACGUCCACAGCGAACGGUGAAGAUCCAAGAACCUAUAAUCAGUCGCUCUUCAACAUCAACUCCACCAAUCAUGGAACCUAGCCAGACUUGGACACGACAGGCACCUUCCUCCUCCAAACGGCCACCCUCGGUCGGUAUCAUCAAGGAACCAGCCUUUGAGUUGUAUCAAGGAAACCCCAUUCCACCUAUAAACGCAUCCAGCGCUCAGUCCACUCCAAGCAAAGCGCAGAUUGCCCAAUGGACGCUUGGUCAGCUAGUCACUGGUUCUUUGAACCCGUCUGUUACUGCAACAGAGGCAGAGGAGUACGAACGGUAUAUCAACCAUCCCCUCAAGGUCCCGCUGGUCGUUACCUCUGAAGAUGAAAUGACAGCUGCCUCGCUUCGAGAACACAAGCCAAAUCUCGAUCUUCUAGAAUAUGUGAAUAAGUGCAAUGUCGAGGAAGGAGUACUUAACGCCAAUGCGGAGGAAAACAUGUCUGAUUAUGCAGAGUUUCUCAGGGUUUCGGAAGACGGACUUACUGUUGUUGGCGAGGACUACGAGAAGAAAAGGUACAAAAGGUACAGACAGUGGUUGCGAGGGAAGAGUCUUUUCAAGCAGCGUGUUGAUACUUGA